AUGUCUUCUCAAGGAUCAAACAAUAACUCAUCUAAAGGCACAUCUGACUCGUAUUCUACUGGGACUAAUUCCCAAGGCAACCAUUGGUGCCACCGCGGCCCUUCUGAAGCUAAUGGGGGUAGUUACCACUAUUCAAACCGAGACUCCUCAUAUUACUACCAAAACAGUAAUGGCUCAACCUAUUAUAAUGAUGGUCGCGGAAAUGCG